GAAUUAGAGAGAAAAACACUUCAAAAUCUCCACGCAAAAAAAAAAAAAAAAGAAAAGAAAAAGAAAGUAUACAGAGCAGAUUCGGGCAAGAAGAAGGGAGCAGAUGUACUCAAAACCCUAGAAUGAUGAGAAAGAGAAAGGAUCGAGCAGAAAUCCUUAAAACCCUAAAUUUCGAAGAAAAUGGAGAAAAGGAAGACGAAGAACAAAAGGGAAAGAGGUUCUUCGCUUGCUACUUGUUAACAUCUAUCAACCCACGCCAUAAGGGCCAAACCUACAUCGGGUUUACAGUGAACCCACGGCGUCGGAUUAGGCAGCACAAUGGAGAGAUCAGGAGUGGUGCGUGGAGGACAAAGAGCAAGCGUCCUUGGGAAAUGGUUCUGUGCAUUUAUGGUUUCCCAACUAAUGUUUCUGCCCUUCAGUUUGAGUGGGCGUGGCAGCAUCCAGCAGAAUCAGUAGCGGUAAGGCAGGAAGCUGCAAGUUUUAAAUCCUUUUCUGGAGUUGCUAAUAAGAUAAAACUUGCAUAUACAAUGCUCUGCCUUCCAGCCUGGAAUAGCUUGAACAUCACUGCGAACUAUUUCUCAACAAAAUACACACAUCAUGGUGCUGUUUGUCCAAGCUUACCAAAACACAUGAAGGUCCAAGUUUGUUCCGUGGAUGAACUUCCCUGCUAUUCCAAAGGAGGUGAGAAUAUGUUCGAGGAUGAGAAAGACUUGGAUGAUGGAGGAGAACAUGAUGAAGAUAGUAACUUCGGCGAAGCUGCAACUGGAAUAAAUGCAGAUGGUAACACUGGUGAAGCUGCUCCAGAGACAUUUGCAGACGUGGCAGUUAGUGGUUCAACUGAUCAUUCACAUAGCUCUUCGUAUCAGCAUUUAGGAUGGUCUGAAGAACGUGAAGAUUCCGCAAUAGGUUUGGAUAAUACACGAUCCUUUAGUUUGCUUGAUUCACCGGUUAGGACAUAUUCAAAAGCCACAAGCUUUUGUGCUGAAGAAAUUGCAGAAGAUGUAAAUAUGACUGGCUUGGUUAAAGAAAGCAGUAUUGUUUUCGGAAAGCAAAAGGGGGAACAAGAAUUGAGGAGCAUACCAAAUGGUGAUGAAGGUCAACAGCCAUGUUCAAAUGAAAAACAGUCCAACUCCUCUGUGUGUAUUGAUGUUGAGGUCAUAGACUUGUUGACCCCAUCUCCUUGUUGCAGAACUGGAUCCAACAGAAAGAAGAGGAAAGCUGCUUCUACUUUCCCUCCUGAGAUUAUUGACUUGACUUGGUCUCCCAGUUAUGUCCAGUUAUAGAAUGUUGGGAUAUAUUAGUUAUGAAUAACAGAUUGUAUGAAUAAAAUGGUGGAUACAUUGCUUACAUAUCCUACAUUUUUCUUAGACGUGCU